ACACACACACACACACACACACACACACACACACACACACACGCACGCACGCACGCACGCACACACACACGCACACAAACACACACACACACACACACACACACACACACACACACACACACACACACACACACACACACACACACACACACACACACACACACACACACACACACACACACACAGCAGCGGGGCGGAGUUAAAGAUUUCUGCAGUGGUGAAAUGCAGGAGCUGCGUUGCUGAAAUCUCAUUGUUGGAGCUGGGGGGUCCAACUUUUACCUGAAGUGUGCAAAUAGAUUGCCGAAAUUCCAAGGUUCCCCUAGCUGUAAAUAUGUAACUUAUCAAGCAUCGUCAAGCGGUAUCCAUACAUCCGUACAACAUGGAGUCUGUCGUGAGAAGCACCAAGAAGUUGUGUUUGUGGGGUCUGCUGUGGUGGUCGCUGAUCUUGGAGCUGGCAUUGGGGGCCUCCUUCUACGGGGAUGGCUUCGUGCACCUCAAGGCGGCAGAGUCGUCCGAGCGGAACGUGCUGCGCCUUCGUUUCCGGACCUCCAGCGCCGCGGGCCUGCUGUUCCUCGCCGCCGGCCGCGCAGACCACUUCCUGCUGGAGCUCCACGCCGGGCGCCUGCAGGUCAAACUGGACCUGGGGUCCGGGGAGGGACUGCUGAACUCCGAGAGAGGCACUCAGCUCAACGACCUGGCCUGGCACUCGGUAGAGGUCCACCAGGAGCAGAGCAACGUCACUCUGACCGUGGACAGGAACUCCCACACCUUCCUCACCAUGCCGGGGCCGCGACACGACCUCGACGCGGACGACGGCCUCUUCGCCGGCGGCUCGGGGGGUCUCGACAAACCCUACCUUCCUGCCGAUCUGCCGGGCUUCCGUGGCUGCGUGGAAGAGGUGGUCUUCAACGACCACGACCUGCUGUCGUCGCUGAGGCCUCUCACCGGGAUCAAGAGCGUCCAUGAGGUGUCCCUUGGGUGCAGCCCCCAGUUCUUUGCCGCGGAAGAGGACCCGGUCAGCCUCUUCAGCUCCAAGGCCUACGUCUCUCUGCCCCUUUGGAGUGCCCGGCAGGAAGGGCAGUUUGAGUGUGUCGUGCACACGGCCGCCGCGGAGGGCAUCGUGCUGUACAGCGCGGCCCGAGGCGGAGAUUUUGUCGCCGUGGAGAUUCAGGAAGGCCUGCCGGUGGCCAUGGUUGGUAAAGGUGGAACCAAGACCGAAGUUCGCUCGCUGACUUUGGUUAACGAUAGAAAGUGGCAUUCCGUUAAAUUGUACUUCAACGCUAAAAGCCUCCAGCUUACUGUGGAUGAAGAGGUCGUGAAAACCAAUAUUGGAUCUCGCUUAAAGGUGCUUCAGCUGAAGGGGUCGCUGUUUGUCGGGGGCAUUGAUGACAGCACCAGGGCAGAGGUCAGGAAGGUAGGCCUGCUCUCUGUGUCGGGGAAACGUGUGCGAGGAGGAUCCUUCAAGGGAUGUUUAAAGGACAUCAAAGUCAAUGGCGUCAAGACUGGUUUGUCCAUGGCUAUCGUUACCAAAGAUAUAUCAGUUGGCUGUGAGCCAGAGAAAGAACCGGAACAAUCGACCACAGUGAGACCAACCACCGUCAGAGUUCCUUCAGUUACGCCAAGGCCAGCGCUUCCCAUGUCUACACUUGCAAGAGGGUUGGACAAACGCUACGGGUCCAACUUUGUGCUCCUGAAAAACCUUGUGGUUCCAGAAGGAGGCAGGGCCUCUCUUGAGUCGAAACACAUCAAAAUUAACCUGGACUUCAAAAGCCUUGGGAUUCGUCAGUCUCAAAUUAUGUUCAAAAUACAAGAACAGCCAACCCAUGGUCAGAUAAGGCUGGAUGUUGACCAAGAAGACCAGGGGGAGAACUCCUUUAGCAUGCUGGACCUUUGGCACGAACGGGUCAUGUAUAUCCAUGGAGGAUCAGAAGACCAAGAGGACUUCUUCAUGUUUUCCAUUUUUUCAAGCAGUAGGAAGCCAGUUCCCAAUUACCUGAAGGGAAUUAAAUUGUAUCGGUACAACGUAACCGUAACCCCAACCAAUGACGCUCCUGAACUGAGUCUGCCUGAAGGAAAUCUCUUUGUUCUCUUGGAAAACUCAAGGAAACACUUGACCACAGACGUUUUGAAAGCUUCCGAUGUGGACAGCAACUCCACUGAUCUCGUCUUCUCCGUGCUGGGAAACCUGAACGCAGACGCUGGCUAUUUGGAAAUCGAGACCAACCCGGGCUCGGCGGUGACGUCGUUCUCUCACACAGACCUGGCGGAACUGAAGCUGUACCUCGUCCACCGAGGGGCGAGGAACUCGAGGAUAGUGUUUAGAGUCAGCGACGGAGAGAGAGUCAGCAACACGGUGGUCCUGAGAGUCAUGGCCAUCGCCUUGGAGUACAAGAUCGCCAACAACACGGGCCUGGAAAUCACCCAGGGAGAACACGCCUCGAUUGGAUCGAAGCAGUUGGCCGUGCAGACGAACGCCGUGAGGCAGGCUGUGGACAUCCGAUACGACGCCGUGGAACCCCCCCAGUACGGGGAGCUGCAGAGGCUGCACUCCAGCGGGGAGUGGCGGCCCACCGACUCGUUCACCCAGAGGCUCCUGGAGAAAGAGCGCCUCCGGUAUCUCGGCACCUUCAGGGAGAUCCAGACGUCGGCCGCAACGGACUACUUCAAGUGCAGGGUCACCAUCGCCGGCAGGGCCACCACAGAGCUGCUGUUCCCCAUCACGGUGAAGUGGGUUCGGUUCAACCUGACGAGGAACGUGAUGGCGGCCAUCGAUAAAGUGCGAAAGGUCACCUUGGAUUCGGAGCGUCUGUAUGCCACGGCUGAAGGUGUGGUCCUGGCAGAGGGAGAGCUGUACUAUAGGGUCCUCAGCACGCCCAAGAAAGGGAAGCUGUUGUUUCACGACACGGUCUUGAGGAAGAACGCCACGUUCAGCCAGAGGAAUGUGACGGACCUGCAGGUACGUUACGAGCUGGUGGACAGGCCAUAUGAAGAUACCAAUGACAGCUUUAAGUUUCUCCUCUUUUCAAAACACGCCCAGUCCAAGAGCUUUGAUUAUAACAUAUCUAUUAAAGCAGACAUUAAUAAUGUUUUCAUGAAGAACAAUGGACUGUCCCUUUUGGAAGGAGAAAGUAAAUUGAUCACAAAGGAUGAGUUGUUUGCGGAGACCUUGAGUACAAAGGAUAUUUACUACACCGUCACCGAUAGUCCGAAACACGGAAAACUAGCCCGUAUAAGUCAGUCGAACUCCAACUCUAGCUACAACAAGAUCAUCACAUUCAGUAACCAGGACAUUUUAGAGGAGCGUAUAAUGUACAUCCAAGACGACAGUGAGGCGACACAGGACGGCUUCACCUUCAUAGCUUCCACCAGUUCAGAGUUCAAAUCUUCCGUCGCAGAGGAUGAGAUCGGUUCAAAAGAGGGCACGUUCAACAUAUCCAUCCAGCUGGUCAACGACCAGAAGCCCGUACGGGUUAUCGAUAACGUUUUCAACGUGGUGAGAGAGGGCCAGAGGCUGCUCACCGCCGAGGACCUCCGUUAUCACGACGCCGACUCAGACUUUGACGACGGCCAGUUGCUCUACACCCGCCGUGGGAUCCCAAUGGGAGACCUGGUCCUGGCCAACGACACCUCCCAUCGGCUCUUCCAGUUCCACCAGCGGGAUCUGGUGGAGAAGCGAGUGUUGUUCGUCCACAGGGGCGUGAGCACCGGGCGCUUUGUGCUCUUUGUGUCGGACGGGAAACACUUUGUCUCCAGCCUGUUGGACAUCAACGCCCACGACCCUUUCCUGAGAGUGGCCAACAACACCGGCCUCUUGGUUCAAAAGGGCCACUCAGUGACGUUUUCAACCGCUAACUUUAGCGUAGUUUCAAACCUGGACAUCAGGGAUGAUUCUGAGGUGCUCUUCGGUCUCAAGCAGGCCCCGAAAUACGGAAGUCUCUAUCAGAAAGAGACGAAGGCGGUGUCGUUCACACUGCACAAUCUCAAGAACGGCUUCAUCACCUAUCGUCACAAUGACAGCGGUCACGUGGCAGACUCUUUCAACUUGACGGUGCAAUCUAAAGGUCUGACCGUAACGGCAAGGGUCCAUGUCAAGGUUUACCUGGAGAGCCACCAGAGGCCCCCAAUCGUGCAGAACAACAACAUGCUGCUGGUGGAAGAGGGCAAGCCGGUUAAAAUUGACGAGACUAAACUUGAGGUCACUCACGAGGACAACCUCCCAGCGGAGAUCGUGUUCACAGUGAGGGAGACGCCCGCGCACGGCUUCCUGCGGCGCUUUGAGGAAUCCAGAGAGCGCUACGUGGGAACCAGGCAGUCCCCGGCGGUGACGUUCUCCCAGGAGGACGUCAACGCGGGGAACGUUCAGUACGUGCAGGCGGAACCCGACCAGGUCAACGACAUGUUCGUCCUCGACGCCACCAACGGGGUCACGGAGGUCACGGGCAUCAGGGUGUCCUUGGACAUCGUCCCUCGCCUCAUCCCUCUGAAGGUGUCCAACUUCACUCUGAACGAGGGCGGCUCCAAGGCCCUGACUCAGGAGGUGCUCAGGGUCACCAACAGGCACUUCUCGGGAAUCAACUUCCUGUUCAGUGUGACGGAGCCGCCGCUCCACGGUCGCAUCGAGCACUCUCGCUCCCCAGGGGUGGACAUCAGCUCCUUCACCCGGCGGCAGGUUGAGCACGAGUUCAUCUACUAUGUCCACGACGGCGGCGAGUCCUUGGACGACAGCUUCACGGUCACGGCCAACGACACUGUCCUGAGGAAGCAGAGCCUGCCGGGCACAGCGCACAUCCAGGUUGCAGCUGUCAAUGAUGAGGCGCCCGUCAUCACAGCUAACAGGGUCCUGAGGGUGUGGGUGGCCUCUGUGACGGAGAUCAGACCGGGAGAUAUGCGGGCGGAGGACGAGGACACGCCCCCAGAGGAGCUGGCGUUCAUGGUGACUCCGCCCAGCAACGGUCACCUGGCGCUGAAGAGCGCCCCCAUGAGGCCAGUGCUGAACUUCACCCAGGCCACGAUAGAGCAGGGUCAGCUGCUGUUCGUUCACAAAGGCGCCAUGUCUGGCGGCUUCAACUUUCAAGUCAACGACGGCGUGAACUUCAGCCCGCGGCAGAUCUUCAGCAUCACAGCCAGCGCUCUGCUGCUCAGCCUGGAGACCAACCAGGCCCUCAAGGUGUUUCCAGGCUCUUCAACACCAAUCACAACGGAGAAUUUGCAAGCAGUGACCAAUGACAACAGCAAACACUCAAACCGCAGUAUUACUUUCAAUGUGAUUCGUCGUCCUAAACUCGGGAGGCUGGUGACCGUGCAGCCUGAUAAUUCUACAUUAGAUCUCUCCACAUUCACACAGGACAUGGUGGACAGGAAGGAGGUUGUCUUCAUCCAAACGCCAGGGGAGUCAGUAGGCUGGGCAGCCAUGGACUCAAUGACCUUCUCAGUGGCAUCGCAGCCCGCUAUUCUAGACACCCAGACCUUCAAAAUAGACAUUUCCUAUGAAAACCGCGGGCCUCAGCAAAAGACAGUCCUCAUUGCCAACACAGGUGCUGUCGUAACAGAGGGGGAAAGCGUUGCCAUUGACAAGUCCAACCUGGACGCCUCUAACCUCAUGACGAAGCUGCCGAUCCCAGAGCGAAGCUCCAACGAGGUCUGGUUCCAGGUCAAAGCUCUACCCCAACACGGUGUCAUUUUGGUAGGCGAGAGAAACCUAACCAAGGAGAAACCCAAUUUCUCCCAGUUCAUCGUCAACAAAUACGGUAUCACCUACAAGCACGACAACUCUGAGAGCACGCAGGACCUCUUCGUCUUUGACAUAUGGGUAAAUCCCAAGGGCAAGACUGCACAGCGCCCUAUAGAGGACAAGGAUGUGGUUGAGGAGCAGUUCAACAUAACGAUAAUACCUGUGAAUGACCAAUCACCAGUUCUGAAGACCAAGGCCCCUAGCUUGACGGUGAUACAAGGUGAUAAAGUGGCACUUGGGCCCAAGAACCUUCGAGUGGAAGACUUGGACAAUCCUGCUGCUGAGGUCCAAUUCUCUGUUGUAAGUCAACCUAACAAUGGCUACCUUGCUCUUGAAGGAAGUCUAAAUGAUACGAUCAUGGCCUUCACUCAAGCCCAAAUCGACAAUGGAAGCAUUUACUUCAUCCAUGAUGGAAGUUCUGCUUCAGGGGUGUUCUAUUUCAGCGUGACCGAUGGCCACCACAAGCCAGUCUACAAACUCUUCAACAUUGACGUAAGAGCCAUCACAAUUACUUUGGUCAACAACACUGGUUUGAAACUGGAGCAAAGUAAGACUACAGUUUCACUGAGCCAAGACAAUCUGGCCGCUGCGACCAACGGUAAAAACACCACCGUUCACUACAGAAUUACCAGACCUCCGGAUUUUGGGAAACUUCUAAAGGACGGUCAAGAAGUUACUCAGUUUGACCAGGAGGAUUUACGGGCCGGAACGCUGCUCUACCAAUCAACAUCUCUAUUAUCUGGAGAAGACAGCUUUGAUUUCUUAGCCUUCACCUCUGAAGCCAAUCUCACCGAUCAAGUGCUCAACAUCACUGUCAAACCUUUAAUCCAAUUUGGCAGUGGGGUAAGGAUUCCUAACGGCAUCCCUGUCACCAUGACAACUAGCUUUCUGGAUGCCUCUGAGCUUGCUAAUAUAAGUGACAGUGAACCACUCUUUCAGGUGGUCUCCCAGCCAAAAUACGGUAAGGUUGUUCGAACAAGACUGAAAAACUCUGGGAGAGGUUUACUAGCGGAAACAUUUACAUUUGAGGAUGUGAGGAAGGGACUGGUGUCUUUAGAGCUCAGUGCAAACAUGACUGGCAUUCAAGAACUUAAUGACUCCCUCGUGUUUGUCUUAAAAGCUGCGAGUAUCCAACCCGCAAAAGGAGAGUUCUACUUCACUGUGGUGCCAUAUGAUCCGACAAAUUUCUCCACCACAAAAACACCAAUCCUAGCCACGACCACAUUUGUCCAUCGCACCUUAAACCAGACCUCUCAAAAUGGAACAGCUGUGCCAGCCUCUGCGAACACCCUCUUUUCCACCAUGCUACCGAGCAGCAAGAACCAGCAGAAGUUCAAAGGACGCAAUCGCUGGGGGAUUGCGUCCAACCGGACUACCCUUGUGGGUACGACUCUAGGGAAGCCUGCCCAGGGAACAGUCGAGAUUCCCUACAGGAACACACCGGUCCGCGUAGAGUCCUAUCCACAGAAAACGUCCAACCCACUGUUGGUUAUCCUACCUCUGCUGGCCCUGCUGCUACUGGUCAUCCUUUUUGUGGUGAUGGUCUUGUUGCUUCGACGUCACCGGCGGAGGAAGCAGACGCCUGUGACCUCAAAGCCCCCUCCCUCGUCCAUCCCUCUAGGCUCCAGGCCGACCUAUCAGGGACAGCCUCAGAAAAGCUUGACAAUUCCCACAGUGACGGUCACUCCGCUGAGCCCGAGUUGCCCCAGUAGUCCUGUUAUUGAUAGGUUGCUGGCACUCAACCAAGGGUCCAUCUACGGCACUCUUGAUUCAUCUGCGCCUUCACAUGCUUGGACUAAUGUCGUGCCAGUAGCAACUGCCCACAUCAUUAGAACCACAACACCAAGUCUUCAGAGGAAUCAGUAUUGGGUAUGAUCUGCCACCAACCACCACAAUGUUAAAGGAUAACAGGCCAGAGACUUAUUGAUGUAAAUGAUUGUUUGAGGAUGACUUAAGACAGAAUAGCCAGCUUAAGGCUUAGUUAUGGUUCCACGUUUACGCAACGCAAUGACCACACAGUCGCUUCGACGGAGUCGUGAACCUGUUUUGGUUCUGCGUCGGGUUUACAUCGGGUUUUCAUUGGCGGGCCAAUCACAGCCCUUCCUGCUGUGUCGCCUAGACGCAAGGUUAGGCAGCUCAGGCCCUUUGCUACGGACUUAAGGAGGGUCCGCAAAGACGUAUUGGGUCCUUAAACCCCCUUGUGUUGCGUCGAUGUACAACCAUAACUAAGCCUUUAUCCUUAUAUGCUGAGUUUGUCCUCAGUGUCACAGAAUUUGACCACUAUUACAGAACCUUCAUGCCAUUUGAUGUGAGGUUAUUUGUUAAACAUAACAAGUAUUGUAAAUAGCACAGGUUUUAUUUAAUUUUUGAGAAUUAGCAUCAACUACAAUUUUUUUGGUGGUUGGCAGACCACAAAACUCGACAUUUUACUAAACGUAUCUGAAAUAUUGAAGAGCAUGUCUGCUAAGGUUUUUGACUGACAUUACAGGUGUACAAACAGCUUGAAACUGUGAAUACCUAGACUGACACUGGUGAAAAUAAUUAUUUUCUAAACAUAUUUUUGAUUGUGCACAUUUUUUUAUAUGUAUACUUUUGUUACCAUUAGCAGCAUUGUGAAAACUCAGGUAUUUUGUUAAUCAUGUUUUUGUUUGUGCAUGUAUCAUUGCAAAUGAUGAUGGCAAUUGACUUGUUCAAAGCAGCAUUUAUGUAGAUGAUAAAAUGCUCAUUGUAUUUUAUUUAAACUGCAUUAGGCUACACAAACACAAAGGAACGGGUCCUUAACCGUUGGCUAUGUUUGAUCGAUGCUCACUUUUAACUGAUACGCCAUUUUAUGUUGGUGCAUAAUGGCGAUACGGCUACAUUUUUUAUUAGCGUUUCCAACUGAUUUAGAGAUCACUUCACAUUGUACCGGUAUAUCUCUUCUUUCAUUGUGUUCAGUAAACAGGAUAAGCUUUGGUAUGAGCCACACAAAAUGUUACCAAUAUUGCAACUGUAUAUCCUUGUGUAGCAUAUACAGAAUUUUUGAAAUGAUGUAAAAGCUUGUCCAAGCAUUGUGGACUACAAUGAAUGAAUGAAUUUCAUUAUUGUGUCAUGCAUUAUCAUGCCCAGCCCACAAGGGCUUACGAAGACACCAUUAUAAAACAUAGACAGACCAAAAAAACAAAAGUAGAUGCUAAACAAUACUAACAUUAAGGAUAUAAACCAUGUAUGGUGUUUAUUCUUUGAGACACAGCCACAGUCUCUUCCUCAAUCAUGGAUGGUUAUUGAGGUGCAUGUAAACACAUCCUUGGAGAAUUAGGUUUAAAAGUCUAGUUUAUGCUUUUUGUUUUGCACUGUGAUUGGUGCUUAUUUAGAUCAUGAGCAUAGAUUUGGGCCGGGUUACCAAUAUUAUUGGAUGACAGAAUUGAAUGCAAUCCCUAGACAUAGUUGACACAAUCAAAGAUACAGCCUCACAUUUAAUUGACAGAAAUUAGGACAAGUUUUUAUGCAAUAUUAUAUUGCAUUCCAGUUUGAGGUAUAUAACUACUGAUACAUUAAGUCAAAUGUCCCGUUGUAUUACUUAAAGUCAUAUAUUGCCAUAUAUUACCUGUCUUGAGACUUCCCCAUUGCACAGGAUACUGUUUUGCCCGCAACCGUAAGACCAAUGCUUCUGUUAACCUCUUGUGAAUGAGUCUGUGCUGUUGUAAUUACUUAGCCUGCACUAGAUGUUCCUACACUGUAAUAAUGGUUGCUACACUGUAAAAAUGAAUCUACUUCAAAUAUUUAGAUCUUUAAACAUGGAGGACACUGUGUGCUUACGAUGUCGGUCAAAGAGUUUCAAACCAUUCUUUAUAAUGAGAGAAGGUCCAACAAGUGUUUCACUAUCUUGUUUUUGUGAUGCCUUGUGUUAUAUCAGCCAUAUUUAUUUAAAUCAUUUAUUUUUAAUAAACCACUCAGUGUGACAUAUUUUAAA